GCAGAUUCGACCUUUCCAAUAUGGCAGCGGAGCCGUGCCAAGCGCUCACUUCCGCCCGUGUGGGGAACCCCGGAGCGGAUAUAGCGGCCCCGGUUUCCGGUCUAGCUCCUUUUCGGCCGCGGCUGUCUCCACGCGAACAUGCCUCUGGCGAAAGACCUGCUGCAUCCCUCCCCCGAGGAGGAGAAGCGGAAACACAAGAAGAAGCGUCUGGUCCAGAGUCCGAACUCCUAUUUCAUGGAUGUGAAGUGUCCAGGUUGCUAUAAAAUCACCACUGUAUUCAGCCAUGCUCAGACUGUAGUUCUGUGUGUUGGCUGCUCAACGGUGCUGUGCCAGCCCACUGGAGGAAAGGCAAGGCUUACAGAAGGAUGCUCCUUCAGACGAAAGCAGCACUAAACGAAAGUGUCUGAGAUGGGUGGGACUACCUGCGCAGUUGGCAGCACAAAUACAGAUGGUUCAAGAGCAUGGGAUUCAGCCACGGAGCAACAUUAAGUGUCAAGAUGUGAACAGAAGGCUUUAAAGACGUCUCUAGAAUGUGAGGGGAGAACAUGACUUUCAUACUGUCCCUGUAGCCUCACCCAUCUGACUGUCAAUAAAUUUUGGAUAAAAUACA